AUGGCAGGCGUCAAGAGGUCGCUAGGGACCUUUCUUGGCCACGACGAUACCUUGCUUCGACCAAACGGCCACAGCCGACCGAAGACCGUCCACUACAAUCAUGGAAUCCCCCGCGAUAACCUCGAUAAUUCGACACCGCAAUCCCAGUCUUUUAAACUGAGCGAUGUGCUCCAGUCUCAACCUCCAUCGCGGGCUACUUCUCGAGCCAAUUCGAGAGCCAAUUCCCAAUCCGCGGCUCCGUCAAAUGCGGACCAACACGAUGGACUUACUCGAACGCCUUCUCCAACCUUUCCUCCCUUGACUGGGCAGGUCCCCGAUUUCAGUCCUGACGCGUCAAUGAUACUUGUUGGUAUGCGCGGAGCUGGAAAGUCGACAUUGGCUAUCAUGGCAUCCUCAGCAAUGGACCGCAAGGUCAUUGAUCUGGAGCCAGCUUUCCAGAGAUCCAUGGGCCUUUCGAGUGCCGCUUAUAAGUCCGAACAUGGGUCUUCGGAGUGUUACAAGCAGCAAGCCAAGGUCUUGCAAAGUAUUUUGCAGCGACAUUCCACUGGCUGUAUCCUUGUCUGCUCUUGGAUGGAGAGUCGCGUGCAGAGUCUCCUACGAGAGUUUGCGGCUACCAACCCUGUUAUCCACAUUGUCCGUGAUUUUGAUGCCAUUAAGAACCAUCUCAAGAUCCGCGACGGUUCCAAGGUCCAGAGCUUGCUCGAUGUGAGCAACGCCAUCUUCAGGUCCUGCACCAACUUUGAGUUCUUCAAUGUCACAGAGAAGGCUUCCAAGUCGUCGCUCUCUCGUGAGUCAUUGACACAAAGAUCGCCAGCUCCAUAUUUAACAUUAAAACAUGUUGAGCGACACUUCCUCAAGUUUCUAUCUCUUGUUUAUCCUGCUGGCACAAUACCCUUUACAGAUUCUGCAUUCCCAUUAUCGAGGAUACCUGCGGAGGAACGCAACUUUACCUACGCCACCUCCAUUCCUCUUUCAGAUGUCAUUAAAGACUCUGUUGAUGUCGAAGAGCAUGUUAUCGGAGCAGAUGUUGUGCAAAUAGUUGUACAUGACCUGGCUGAGCAUGCUGAGCAAGGCACAUUGACGUCCGAAGCCAGCGGAAAACUGCUUGCCAACAUUACCAAAGGCGUUGGUAUUGUAAGGCGAAGCACUAUCUUACCCAUAAUCCUGCAUCUAUUCCUACCUCAUACAGCAAGUGACGAAGUCUUGCGUGUCUACCUUGAUCUUGUCCACCAUUCUGUACGUCUCGCACCAGAGAUGAUGACAGUCGAUCUUCGACUCGAAGACGUCCACAUCUCACGCAUAUUAUCUAUCCGAAAGAGAACAAAGAUGAUUGGAAAUUGCUUCAUCACCACAGAUCCUCCCUCAUGGGAAUCUCCAAUAUGGAUGUCGUGGUAUAAGAAGGCCAACAAUUUAGGAUGCCAUCUUGCCAGACUGAUUCGACCUGCAGUUACUAUUGAAGACAAUUUCCGCAUUCACUACCUCAAGACAUCAGUUGCAGCUCUACAGGGGCCCAAGAUCCCACUUAUCUCUUACAAUUCUGGCCCUCUUGGUCGGAAUUCGCAGGCUUUCAAUCGUAUUCUUACUGUUGUCCGCCCAGAUUCGCUGGAGCGGGUGAAUCCCAGGCCCCCAAUAACGCCAUCCAUUACCACGGUCGGGGCGACAGAAGCACUCUUCUCGUCUUUUAUAUACGACCAGAUGAAGCUUUACGUCAUUGGCGCCAACGUCAGCUACAGUUUAUCUCCUGCGAUGCACAAAGCAGCUCUAAAGGCAUGCGGGCUGCCCCAUACCUACGAGCCAGUGUCUUGUGCGUCGCUUCGAGGAAUCAAGCAUUUGAUCGAGGAUCCAGAGUUUGGUGGAGGCUCCAUCGGCCUCCCCUUCAAAGUCGAGAUCAUCACCUUGACCCAUUCGUUGAGCAAACACGCCCGCGCAAUUGGUGCUGUCAACACACUGAUUCCCAUCCGCUCUUUGAAUGAUGAUGGAACAAUACCAUCUGGGGCUGCCUUUUUCGACAGCGUCAACCGCUCAGGUCCCAUCAAGGCUCUGUAUGGUGAAAACACCGACUGGAUUGGCAUUCGCGCAUGCAUUCGCCGUGGCCUCUCCCCGGCCAACGCAGUCGUGUCCAGCACCUGUGGCCUGGUCAUUGGAGCAGGCGGCAUGGCCAGAGCUACAGUCUAUGCCAUGCUUCAAGUUGGCAUCAAGAACAUUGUCAUCUACAACCGCACACCAAAGAACGCCGAAAAAAUGGUGUCGCACUUUACGCAGGUCCUUGAGAGGAAGGACCAUGGCCUACUGAGCGCCGGUAGCGAGCAUUCCCGCUUCCAUGUCAUCGAAUCAAUAGAAGAUGCCUGGCCGGCAGAGUUCCGCCUACCUACCGUCAUUGUUUCUUGUAUUCCCACCCACCGCAUUGGCAACGUCCCCGCCCCCGAACUUAUCCUCCCCAACGAGUGGCUGGGAAGUCGAACUGGCGGUGUCGCAAUUGAGUGGGGGUACAAAACAUUAGAUACACCGUUCCUGGCACAGUUUCGAGCAGAGUCGCAUCGCGGUUGGGUAAGUAUGGAUGGUCUGGAUAUACUGCCAGAGCAGGGGUUUGCUCAGUUUGAGUUGUUUACUGGGAGGAGAGCGCCGCGGCGGCUUAUGAGGAGGAUGGUGUUUGAGGCAUACCCCGUUGAGGAGGGCAAGUCGAAUUUUAAGGAGUUACAGCCUAGGCUGCAGUCGCUUGAUGAGCAGGAAACAUGA